AUGCGCACUUGGCUGGAGCCCAUCUCAGGGACCGUGUCCUUCCCAGGCUUUGCAGCAAGCAGCAGGCACUACGGACUCAAGCCUGACGCCUUCCCCAGCAGGAGGGAGUGUGGCCCCAACGAUGGCCGCAGCUAUCCGGAUUACAUGUAUGGAUCCCCUGGCGAUCUCAGAGACAGGCCACCUCUACACACCAUUCCUUCCCCGGAAUCUGAGGCCAUCCUUUCCAGCAAACACAAAGAAGACAAGUCUGAAUUGGACCCCAAUAACCCAGUGGCAAAUUGGAUUCAUGCUCGCUCCACGAGGAAGAAAAGGUGUCCUUAUACAAAGUACCAGACUUUGGAACUAGAAAAGGAGUUUUUAUUUAAUAUGUACCUAACCAGGGACCGGCGUUAUGAAGUCGCCAGGGUUCUGAAUCUUACUGAACGCCAGGUUAAAAUUUGGUUUCAAAACAGAAGGAUGAAAAUGAAGAAAAUGAACAAGGAAAAAACCGACAAAGAGCAGCCCUAG